AUGACCUCCCUCCCUCCACCGUCCCCCGGGCAGGCUUACAUGCAUGUUUCCGCGCUGCAAGCGGGAAUGCUGCACUUGCCCACAGACUUCCUCGUCCAAGGCGAAAAACAUGGCUACAAACACUGUCCGUCGCUGGCAUUCUUCCUGCGGCACUCGGCGUCGGAUAAGCACUUCAUCUUCGACCUGGGCUUGCGCAAGGACCUGGAGUCGUAUCCGCCGGCGGUGAGGGCGCAUUAUUUGGAUACGGAGACCGCGCAGAUGCGCACCCGGUGCUCGGUCCCGCAAGACGUUGCGGAGUCGUGUCUUGAGGGCGGCGUGGACCCCGCGACGGUGGAGAAAGUCGUUAUUAGCCACCUGCAUUUUGACCACGUUGGCGAGCACACGCCCUUCACCUCAGCAACUUUCAUCCUGGGUGGCGACGGCGCGGCCACGCUAGCAGACGGCUAUCCGGAAAACCCAGCAUCGUAUUGUCUCUCCGCCUCUGUUCCGGUUGAACGCACACUCUUCCUUAACCGCACCGAGCAUCUCACCACGCCCAUCGGCCCAUUUCCCCUGGCUUACGACCUCUUCGCCGACGGCUCAGCCUACAUCAUCGACACGCCUGGGCACUGUCCGGGACAUGUGACUCUGCUGGUGCGGACCUCGGCGGCGGGAAACUGGCUCUACCUGGGCGGGGACAUUGCGCACGACACGCGACUGCUGACAGACGCUGACACAGACAUUGCGCUGACAACGGAGAGCGGGGUAGCGUGUUGCGUACAUCGGGACCCGGCUCAGGCACGUGUCGAUAUUGCGCGGGCUCGACAGCUGGUGAAGCUACCAGGAGUCGAGUUCUUGAUUGCGCACGACUGGAAGUGGUUCGAGGAUAACCUGGAGAACGCCUUCUUGCCAAAACAAUUUGUGCCGAGAAAAUUGUAA